UUCGAGUACCGACACGCCACGUCGCUUUACGGCAACAUGGCAGCCCGCUUGCUCCAGUUGGACCCCGGUGGACUCUAAGCUGUAACCCUCCAUCAUGGCCCCGGGGACGCCACGCCCGCUGACGGAGUGCCGCUGAAGAUGAUGGUUUUGUGUUUUCGGAGCACUCCGGCGCCUCUUUGCCGCAAGGCCGCCGAGUGUUUACUGUCUGCGCGGCGCGGGGCUGCGUCCCGACUGGAGGCGUCGUCAUGGCGGCUCGGGCGCGCACCUGUCUCCGGGGUCGGGGGGAGCUCCAGGACCCUCGGCCUCGGAGGGCUGGACGGCCGCGCUCCCUUUAGCCUCGGUUCGCUUCCGUCGAAGUGGUGGAGGCCGUGCGGGACUCUGCUCGUCCUCCGCGGAGGUCGCGACUCCCAGGCUCUCCUGUCCACCGGAGGCCGAGGGCUUAGCGGGAAGAUCAACCAGGAAACAUCGAACAGGGUUAGAGAAGCCGCCCCGGUCCCGGUUCCUGGGCAGGGGCUCUUUAACUUUAAAGAACUGUACGAGAACCCGUGGACCGUCCCCAACCUGCUGUGCGUGUGUCGGAUCGUCCUGGCUCCUUUCCUGGGUCACCUGAUCGUCCAGCAACACUUCCACCUCAGUUUGGCGCUCUUCACCCUGGCCGGAGCCACUGACCUGCUGGACGGUUACAUCGCCAGGACGUGGCCAACGCAGAAGUCGGCUUUGGGGAGCGCCCUGGACCCGCUGGCCGAUAAAAUCCUCAUCAGCAUUUUAUACGUCAGCCUCACCUAUGCAGACAUCAUACCAGCGCCGCUGACGGCGCUGGUGGUUUUCAGAGAUGUCGGGUUGAUCGCUGCCGUCUUCUGGGUCAGGUACAAGACGGUGCCGCCACCGGUGACCCUGAGUAAGUUUUUUAACCCCUGCUACACCACAGCUCAGCUCAAGCCGACGCUCUUCAGCAAGGUGAACACGGCUAUCCAGCUGGUUCUGGUCGCGGCGUCCCUGGCGGCUCCGGUCUUCCAGUACACGGACAGCAUCCUGCUGCAGGGCUUGUGGUUCAUCACCGCCGUGACCACCACAGCGUCGGGCUACAGCUACUGGCACUACGGCCGAAAGACCGUCCGGGUGCUGAACACCAGGUCACCAUGACGACCAAAAACGAGUAACAAGCCGCAGACGACGGAGGAGGUCGAGGGAGGCACGAGCCGCGCGUGCGAGCGCCGGAUGACGGCCGAGAGUGCGGUGAGAACAAACAAGUGGCUGUUAACUGUUAACGCGUCGCCAUGGCGAUGACUCGCCGCAGAUGGUCGGACCGCAGCUCAGCUAUUGGACCGAACUGUAUGUAGAAAGAGCUUUUUUUUUUUUUUUUUUUUAACACAGUCACGCCGAUCACCGUCAACAUCAUGUAUGAAUGUUUGAUUUAUCAAUAAAAUAGAAAAUUUGGGAAAUCAAGAUGUCUGCUUGAGAGGUA